AGAUUCACCAAUUUAAAGUGAAGAACACUAACAAAAAGCGGUCUGUACCACUGAUUGAACUAAAUAGAGUAUUUUAUACUUGAUAUAAUACAACGUUUUUUUCGAUUAUUAUACAUCCAAUAGUGUUUGUUAAAAUGGGUAUCCACAAAGAAAGAAUUGAGUUAGAUUAUAAAAACAACUCUGAAAAAUUCACCAAACAAACAAAAGAUUACAAUAAACAAUACUGCAGCAUUUACUUAACAAGACUGAAAGAAAUGGAAGAGAUAUUGUUAGAAAGAAUUCAGAAUAAAUGGGGAGACAAGUAUCCUGUUCAAAAAUUAUAUAAAUUAUCUGAAGAUAAUAAAGGAAAAACAGUUGUUAUUGGAACAUUAUUUAAGGACCAAAAAUUGAAACCUUCCGUGCUAAAACAGCUUGCUGAAGGCAAUCAACUUAUACCGCAGCCUAUUAUAACCCAGUUUACUGAUGAAUCAGAUGUACUUUUUAUAGAGGAUGAACUGCAAAGAUUUCAAAUUAUUGGUUCCAUGGAUGGUAAAAAAUUGGUGACAGGCAUAACUUGUGCACUUUUAGGUACAGACACAGGAAAGGGCAAGUUUAUGGUUGAAGAUUAUACUUUUGCUGACUAUAGACCACAAAUUGAACGGCCAUUAUUAGAGCAAGACUGUUAUGUCGUUUUCUUGAGUGGAUUAGAUCUGGUACAUGUUGAAAAGUUGGCAUCAAGUCUGGAGAUAUUCAUUCAAUGGAUAUCAGGAAUAAUGGAAGAUCAAGAUGUGUCAAAAAUUGUAAGGGUCAUGAUAGCAGGAAAUAGUGUAAGAACCCAGAAAGAACAACAGAAAGCACAAACAAUUUCAAUGACAUCAAGAGUACCAGAGGCUACAACUACAAUUGAAGCUGUGAAAUUAUUUGAUUCGUUUUUACUGGAACUGUGUCAGGUAAUUGAUGUUGAUGUGAUGCCAGGAGAAAAUGACCCUUCAAAUCACAUUCUCCCUCAAAAACAAAUGCACUUCUGUAUGUUUCCUAACUCAGUGGUGUAUAAAAGUCUAAACUUGGUACCAAAUCCAUAUAUCUGUUCUGUUGGGGGUGUGAAUUUCUUGGGGACAUCUGGACAACCUGUUACUGAUAUUUUAAGGUAUUCCGAGAUUGAGGAUCCCUUAAAGGCAAUGGAAAAUUGUUUAAAAUGGAAUCACAUGGCACCAACUGCACCAGAUACACUGGGUUGUUAUCCAUUUUAUGAGAGUGAUCCUUUUAUUAUAGAAAAUUGUCCACAUGUUAUGUUUGCUGGCAAUCAAGACAAUUUUUUAACUACAGUUGUAAAAGGACCAGAAAAUCAGGAAGUGAGAUUGAUUUCUGUACCUGAAUUUUCCAAAACUUCAGAAGUUGUUUUAUUAAAUCUCAAAACAUUAGAAUGUGAUACAAUGUUUUUUUAUAAUAAGUGCGCUUAAAUAUAAUUUGUUUGUAAAUUUUUAAAUAAAAGUAUUUGGAAAUAUA